AUGAAACUGCCUUCUUCCUUUGAAUUGCACGAAAUAGCACCAACACCUAUAAAUUUAAGUUUAGAGGAGCAAAUUCCUUCAAGCGAAACCAACGUUUCACCUUUCUUGAAAAAAUUACUACUGUACUUGCUAAAAAUUCAAAAAUAUAGUGCCUAUACGUUUACAGGGUUUUUAGGAUUACAUUUGACAUCGGUGGUUAUUGUCCCAGGAUUGUUUGCUCCACUUUCGAUAGCCCAAGAUGUUUUCGAAAUGAGUAGAGCAGUUUAUCAAUCGGUUCCAAAUUUUGAGAAUAUAGCGAUCAUAGGAUCAAGUAUGUUGCAUGUCAUUUCGGGAAUUGGAAUCCGAUUAAUUCGAGCCAAGUUAAGACAAAAUAAGACACAUAAGAAUCCUGCUGUCAUGGAGCCUAUUAUUACUGACACAGAAAGAGAUGAUAUUGGUUUAGGUGGAAUUACAGCCUUGAUUGGAUUGGGAUAUAAGAAGUCAUGGAUAGCUACGAAGUUUCCUACUUUGACACCUUUAUCAUUUUCAGGCUACUGUUUACUACCAUUAGUGGGAUAUCAUUUCUUCAAAUUUAGAUAUUUGCCUGUAUCAAUCGAUGGUGAUUCUUCCCUAAUAAAUCUAGAGUAUAUUUCAUACUACUUAACACAUUCAUCGUUGAAAAAUCUUGGGAACAGAAUAAAUUACUUCAUGAUAGUUAUGCUUCUCUGGGUCAUGUCGUAUCAUUCAGUAAGUGGGCUUUUGAAGUAUAACAAGAAAUACAGUUUAACAGCAAAAAAAUGUGGCUAUGUUAUUAUUAAUAGUAUAACGGUGGUUGGUUUAUUGAGUCUUUCGAGAUUCAGAGGACUUACGGUUGAUUCGAGCGGAUACUUCGCAAAACAGUUUAUUAAGUACUUGAAGGCAUCUCCUAUAUAA